AGUCGUUAUUGCUUAAGAUUAAAAUAAACACGCCACGCUAAUAAGUUUUAUUGUAUUUUAUUGAUACGAAGUCAGAAAACUGUACAAUUGGUAAAUUUUCGUCUUUGUAUCGAAUUCGAUUAACCAGGAUCCAUACAAUCUUAUAGAAGAAAUUGAACACAAAUCGCAGUCAUGAGAUACAGACUGAUUUACAAGUUGCUGAUCAUAGCGCAAGAACUUCUGUUCGGCAAGAAAUUGUUUUUCGAUUGGCAGUUCGGCGACAACUGGGCGCUGAAAAGCAUGGAGAUUUUGGAAAAAGAAUUGGAGGCGGAAAAGAACCGAAAGGAUGUCGAUGGCCAGCGGUCGGACGACCCGAAACGGUCGGAGUAUGUGUACCGUAGGCAGAUCGUCUGGUUCAACACCAUCGGAUUCCUUGUGCUCCACUUGGGCGCCGUGUACGGCCUGUACUUGUUCUUGACAUCGACAAUGAUACUCACCAUGUUGUGGACAUUGCUGGUAGCGGGCGCAAGUGCGUUCUCCGUCACUAUGGGCGCUCACAGACUUUAUACGCACAGGACAUUCAAAUGUAAUGAUUGGGUGAAAGCUCUGCUGGUGUUCGGGCAGACGGUCGCGGGACAAAAUUGCUUGUAUGUUUGGAUCAGAGACCACCGACAGCAUCACAAGUACAGCGACACGGUGGCCGACCCACACAAUGCGUCGCGGGGUUUCUUUUUCUCGCAUAUAGGAUGGUUGAUGGUACGCAAACAUCCAGAAGUCAUUGAAAAAGGCAAAAAGAUCGACAUGACCGACAUCGAAAUGGAUCCAUACGCAAUGUUUCAAAAAAAAUAUUACAAAAUACUGUUCACGGUUUUGGCCAUGCUCAUGCCGAUGAUCGUGCCACACGUUUUAUGGGGAGAAACCCUGUGGAACGGUUUCUUCGUGUGCUUCCUAUUUCGGCUGAUGAUGGUUUUAAACUUGACCUGGCUGGUCAACAGUGCUGCGCAUCUUUAUGGAAACAAACCAUUUACCAAUGAUAUAAUGCCCGUGGAAAACGUUUACGUGUCCAUGUUCGGGCUGGGCGAGGGCUGGCAUAACUAUCACCAUUCGUUCCCGUGGGACUACCGGGCCGCCGAGUUCGGGCAGUACUUUAAUCUGACCACCAUGCUGAUCGACUUUUUCGAAGAGAUGGGAUGGGUGUGGGACAAGAAGUACGCGACACCGGCCAUGGUCCGAAGCCGAGUGACGAAACGCGGAGAUGGCACGCAUUGCAAGUACAGUCGUCCGCAGUUUAAGAAAAAUGAUGAAUCCUCGGAACCAGUGGCGGACGAUGAGACUUACGAAGAGCUAUUCUGGCUGGAGGAACGGUCGGCCGAGCGUGCGGCCGAGGCUCAGAAGGGCUGAACGUUUCCACACCCGCGAAUAAUAUAAUAUAAUGCAUUUUUUAUACUUAGCUAUACAGUAUAUAUUAAUUAUUACUAUAAUAAUUAUUAUUAU